AGGCUCAGGCAGAUGAAAGAGCAGCCAUAUUAAAGGACCAACUCGAAGCUCGACGACAAGCUGUGUUUGAUAGAGUACCACGUGAGGAGAAAGCUGAAGCCAUGCAAAAUGAGGUUAAUAAAUAUUAAGUACAGUACAUACAUUACAAUAGACUACCAAAUAUAUUGGGAGAUCUGAAUAAUGAGAUAUAGCGUGCCAGCUGAAAAAAUAACAGUGGGACAGGAAUCAAUGAACAGCUCUUCCACAUCUCACCAAGUAUAAGCGAUAAUGUUUUGUUUUGCUAAGAUCUGGUCAUCUUAAUAAUGUACGUACACAUUAAGAAGGAAAAUGGUUGACUGCUCAAAUUUUGUAUCUGAAUCCACAAAUUCACGUUUGAACAGUUUCGCCGGGUAUGCUUAUACCUUUUCUCGAAGGUAAACCGCAGUUUUCAAGAUUUCUACUUCAUCCCCGCAAGGAAAACGAAUAGCGUGUGAUUUUGUACGUACGGCACUUAAUAUAGGUAGGAGACAGGAGAACUUGGUGUUUCAUAGCCAUGUUGUUCAUUAAUCAAUUUCUAAGUAGUGUAUACGUAUUUUUCGUGUGAUUUAAUCAUUAUUUUUUUGUUCAGGAAAAGAAGGUGAAACAAGCAUACCAAAGGUAAUUACAGUAUAUUAUAACAGUUCCUGCUGAAUUACCACGCAGUGUCGUAAUCUUGGUAGCAAAAUCCCAAAAUAAAAAUUUCAUUUCCUGUGUAAGUCAAAUAUAACAUUUUCUGCAUGUGCAGAUUUCAGAGAAGGUUAUUGUGCCACACAGUGUAACGAUCUUGGCACAAGAACGUCUAGACUUGUACAACGCUUUUGUAAACAAUAAGUAAAUUAAAUGGCGUUCCAGUAUAUAUUAAAGAUCACAAAAAGUUCCUGCAAAAUGUAGGAAAAUUUCCUGCGAAGAUAUUUUGUGAGAAAUUUCCCGACAGUAGUGCUGCUGGCGCUGCCGAACAUUUUCCAGCACUGAUUGUAAACCGAACAUUUACCUAGAAAUACCUUUCUGUCCUAUAUUUCUUUUUAAGGCCAGACUCAAAUGUACUAGGUUUAUCCAACCAUGACUAAACUGGUAAUACACUCAGAAUUUUUAACAGUUACUUAUAAAACUCAGUGCUACAGUUGUAAAAUAUGAUUGGAUAUAUAUUAUACUGAAUUUUUAACACUCUUCUGGUUCGCUAUGCUUGUAAAUUAAUACAGACUAGAUCACUAUGAUCCGCAUCAUAGAUUAAGUCUGGACAGAUGUGUAACUUCAGUAAAAACGUUGUCCCAUCGUCGCCAUCUUCCUAGUAAGUGUCGCUCGCGUGAUUAUUCGUCAUUUGGUAAUACGUCAUUGCUUUCAAAAAUGCUUUCAACACCUUUUCUACAACUUUAAUUGCUUUCAACAACUUUAAACAUUCAACAGAUGAUGCUCUUGAUUUUUUAAUCCAUAAAUUUCGAUCCAAAAAAUGCCGCAAUAAAUUGCAAAAGUUCGUGUUUUUCAGGACGCCAUGUUUCUAGCAAGUAUCAUUGCGUGAGCAUGACGUGUACAUAGGGAAAUUUGAGGACACGAAGUCCUAUUAAGUUACACAUCUACUAUAUUCUUAAUCUGUGUCCGUCUCCACCCCAAAAAGAAAGAAUUGGAAUAAUAAUAAGGUUAUCUGAAUGGCAAAAUAUUAUUGUGGGCUUUGCAUAUCAUUACAGUUUUACCUGCUGCCCUAAGACUCAAUUUUUCUUCCACAUCUAUUUUACAGGCCAGUAUACGCGUUGGAGAAGAAACCUGAAGGUAUAUGGUUUAUCAACAAAAAGUUUUGACUGUAGAUGUUCCCUUCAGGGUAGUAUGAUACAUUCACUGGCCCAGCUUUCUUUCCGCCACGGUGCAUCACAGCUAGUCAUCGUGCAUGCAACUUUUAAGUACGAGAAUUUAUAUUUAGAAGUUUAUGUUAUGUACAUUGAACUCUAUUGAAUCCAUCUUCAAAUUGGGAGAAACUUACUUUUAAUUGCUACUUCCCUUUAAUUUCACUCGUUCAGUAGCUACACAUGCCUACAUCAAAUUCAAACACUGCAUUGAAUCUACACCAUCGUCUUUGCCAGGAUCUUGAAUUUGGGCGUCCAAAUGUGGGUGAUUCUCUUUGGAUGGCAUAAAGGCUGGCAUACUUCCUGGUCUUUUUAAUAUACUGUAUUAUUGUAUAUUUGCGAUGGCUUAAUAAGCCGUUUUAUCGGUAGAUAUGACAAAAGUUCUUAGGCGAUGGCAGAAAACAAUAACAAGACAUUAGAUAGUAAAAUAUACACAGGAAGACAAUUGAACUUUCUAUUAAUGGGUUUUUGAAUGUAAAAGCUGAACUCUUACCAUCAUUGGUUAUUAUAGAUUUCCCAUAUGGUAAAUUAGUAAAAACCAUGAAUUUUAAUAUUUUCCAUUAAUGAUACUUUUUUCCUGUGCACAGGGAAAUGCCAUUAAUGCAUGGUAAAUAAGACCAUAUUUGUGUAUGAUUGCUAGAUGAAUGCACUUACCUGUACUCUAUUUUUCCCAUGUUAAUCUGAAGAUUUUUAGAAGCCCUCUGUCAAUAUAAUGAUCAGCCGUCCAAAAGCCCUCUUUCUAGUGUCCAAUUCUAAAAUAGCCUUCCAUAAGACAGUUGGAUGGCGGGCUGCCUAAGACUAUGAUCCACACCUUAUUAUACGAUAAAAAAGAAAUGUUCUUAUUUGUUCGAUAGAACGGCCAGCUGUGCCCGCCGUUGGUCUAGAAACAGCUUUGAAACAAGUUGGAGCCACACGAUUAUUUAGAUCACAUUCAGAGGUGAGCAGACUGAGUUCUUAGAGCCUUUGGUAAAUUUCUGUUUCGUUUGUUAUCACUUGCCACGCCCGUAAGCUGAUCUUAGAGACGGGCAAGUUUUCCAUGACAGAUUUUCAUAUGGCAUUUCGCAGGUUUUAUUUGGUAUUUGCACAUGUGUACGUACAACAAAUUUUCUAUGGCACGUUUUCUGGCCGCCAUGAUAGCUACUGAUAGUACUGCGACAAUGUACUGUACCGCUGCAUCCAGGUGUUCAAACAUGACAGUAUGCAUGUAAUGUAUAUACCAGUCAGUGUAUUUGUAAAUUAUUACCUCCGCCAGGAGGUUAUGUAAUCAUCUGGGUUUGUAUGUGUGUGUGUUUGUCUGUGAGCACGAUAACUCAAGAAAUACCAAACAUAUCCGUACGAAAUUUUGUGAAUGCAUUUGCCAUCGGCUAAGGAAGAACUGAUUAAAAUUUGGUUGAAUUUGGUUAAAAAUUGAAUGAGAAAUAACAAAAGUUUGUCUUGCUUUUCCCGGUCAAUUAAAUAAAACUUAUACUGAAUGCGUAAUUAGGACGUGCAUAAUAUAUGCACCAGCCAUUCAAAUUCUAAUAACAAUAGAUUACUUCAAUAUUUUGCGCGUAGGCGGAGACUGGUAUGCAGUCUCUGAGUGCCCUCUAGUUAUAACUGUAAGACUACAAAAAAAUGUAAAAUAGUAAAAAUUGAGAACACACGUGAAACUUUCCUGCUAAAUUUGAGUCCAUCAAGGGAGGAGGGGGGAGGGGUGCAAAUGUUCUCAGGGAAGGUCUGCACGUCCCCCUCAAAAUCCGACAAUGCUCCGAUCAUGCAAUGAGAACUCUUAUUUAUAAAAUGAUGUUGUACUUAAGGGUGAUUUGUCGAAAGCCAUCAACGAAAGUUGCGAUGAAAAUCCUGAAGAGGAUGAAAUACAACGUAAACAGUGGGCAGCCAAGCCUUUCAAGCCUUUGAUGUUUCCACUUGAAGUCACAGCAUCAGCUAUGGAAGGUAAGAAGAACGUUCAACAUGGAUGAAAAAGAUUUAGUAUAUCUCGUCCUAAGAAAAGUGAUAUCCUGGAUCCUGAGGAAAAUUUGGCUUAGCAACAAAAUUGCGUUGAGCAAUAAUUUUUUGCAUUAAUCAUCAUUUAUCUCUCAUUUGAAAUUUUGAAGUGCUGUUAAUUGUGCACAUCCUCAAUAUAAUGUGUUCAAAAUUUCGCCCUUUUAAGGAAUAUUUCCCAAAGGCGUAUUCACGAUCAAAGACAUCAAACUGCACGAUUUCCAGAUGAAAGAUACUAGUAACAUUUUCAGACCAACCGUAUCAAAUAUGAAAUGUUAUAAAAUGAGCAUGUCAUAUAAUGUCUGAGCAGUAUGAACUGGGCGGGAUUGAAUAUUGUAUGAAAAGUACAGUAUUUGAAAUUUGUUUGAAAUUCGACGAUUUCUUGCUGAAAUAGUAGAUUCAAAAAGUAUCUUACUUAGAUUCAAUUAUCUUACAAUGGGCCAACAAUACCUUAAAAAUACGUGCCCACAUUAUGAAUAUUUUGCGUUUUCUUUUUUUUCAUGUUUCUAUGUGAAGUCAAGAGUUAAGACGCAUGUACUGUACUCCAAUAUAGAAAAGGGGUGCACAACUGUAGGAUAGAGUGCAACACUGACAAGUUCGAUCGUUUCUCAGAUUUUAUAUCUAUAGCAGUAUGGCCGUUAAGGCUGGAUGCACUGCGAAAAAAUUAAAAUGGUAAUCUUUUCACAUAAGAGACCUUGGUAGCUCUAUUAAUAAAAACUGAUUUAACGCGUUGUAUUUAGCAACGUCAGCGGAUGAUGUCGUGAUUAAACCUGUCCCAAAAGCAGAACCUAUCAACGUCAGGUCAAAAUGGAAUCAUGGGGGCAAAACGCAGCUUGUUUCAGCAUUAGGAAAAGCCAAUAUUCAACCAGGAACUUUUGGAAUGCCUCCUAGUGAGUGUGGAAACAGUGGAAGUGCUGAUGUCCAGAACAAAGAGGUGAAUAAAGAAAAGCAAGAAAAAAAGACACCGGUAUGUAUUUUAUUGUUAUUUUUCAUUGUACAGUAAUUCCUCUUUCUUCUGCAUUUCACUUGUGCAAAGAUUAGGAAUCGCCUCAGAAUGUUUGUAUAUAAGGAAAUCUAAGCUAUUGUUCGAGCAAAUUCUGAUGUCAGUCUAUGUAGAGUAAGGGAGAUUGAACUGUGCAAUUGUGUUUACAAUUACAUCAAAAUGUGCUUUUGAAUGGAUUUGGGUUAUGAUGUAUUUCAUCACAUUGUAUUAUACUGCAUUGCAUUUGCCUGUGCGUUGUGUUGUGUUGUGUUGUACGACGUGAUAUUUUCAAAACACCAGAAACAGUGCUACAUUUGAGAACGCCCCCUCCCAGGACCCGAACUUGAAAGGAGGCCCAUACCUUUCAAAAUUCGGUACCCUUGCAAGUUGGGGCCAGAAGAGGAACGUUGCCCCCUUUUGCAAGCUGAUUAGGAAAUACGCUUUAGUUUUGGAAAUUGUUAGCUUUUCUAUGCUUUACUCUACUGAAGUUUUUCCUUGUUUUACUAUACUCUGUACAUACUCAUGCCUGCACGAACUAUGUAAUGGGCAGAAUUUUUUUACCAUAUGGUUAUUUUCUAGGUGUCUUGGGUUGUUGGAGGUUCAAAUAAACAAAACAUGGGUGUCACUGUUUCUGUUUCAAAAGACUUUGCUCCACCAUCUUCUUCUGGUACGUCAUCAAGUCUUGGCGUAACGGUUGUUAAGUCGUCUGUCGACCAAACGAAGAAAAACAGGUAUAACGGAUGUAGUAUGACUCGGAGAAUAGUAUGAUCUUUAAUAGUUUAAUUUACUGUUUUUGUAGGAUUGUUUUAUUGCGAAUGUUAUAUAGUUCUCUAACGAAAACCGUUGCAGCAUCUUAAUCAAAGUACCAAAGUGAAAAAUUGAUUGAUUGGAAUGUUUGGGAUUUGUUUUCUGGGCCUUAUAUUACCAUUCAGAUACGUUAGCCCGAAAUAUUGAGCUUGCGCCCAAAAUUCAUGCUUCCUCAAAAUGGCUUGGCCUAAAUAUAUGCUCUCCAUGCUUCUGAUCAUAGUCUAUCAAGAUAUGGUGCUCUGGAAACUAAACAGAAGUGUUUGUUAUAUGUUUUUGUCUCAGUGUUUAAGGUUACUUCACAUGAUGAACGUGCGUUUUAGUCUAUUGAACAUGGCGCAAAGAAUUUUAGGUCUAACUUUACCAAAUUUUAGUGAAGAAAGCCAAGAAAAUGCUGAUUUCGAAAAUCUUCAUUUGAUGAGUGUUCUGUUUAAACAUGUCCAGUAUUGGCUGACUAAAGAAGUAUAUAGGUAUCCCAUAAAAAAAUCAAAAUAUGUUUAUAGUUUACCUCAACGUUUGCCUACAUAUCUCAAUUUGAAUCUUCAUAGGUACAGUAAAAAAAACGUGUGCGGAAAAUUUCUCUUCUUCAAUGGUUUUUCUGAUAUGACGUUUUCUUUGACAACUUCGUGAAUUAUCAGUGACAAAUUCAAGAAUAAGUGCAUAUCAGAAAAACCACUAAAGAAGAGAAAUUUUCCGCACACGUUUUUUUUUACCGUGCCUAUGAAGAUUCAAAUUGCGAUAUCUAGACAAACGUUGAGGUAAACUAUGAACAUAUUUCGAUUUUUUAUGAAGGUACCUAUAUAUUUAUUCAGUCAGCCAAUACUGAAAAUGUUUAAACUGAACACCCAUCAAAUGUGAAUUUUCGAAAUCAGCAUUUUCCUGGCUUUCUUCACUGAAAAUUUGGUAAAAUUCGUUGCGCAAUGUCCAAUAGACUAAAACGCACGUUCAUCGUGUGAAGUAACCUUAAGUUAAUUUGUGCACGGUCACAGUGAUUGAGCUUAUUGUAUUUUUGUAUAUAAUUAAGUAACCGUCCAAUCGGGAUAGCUGAGAUGAUGAAACGUGCAGCCACGAUGAAUAAUAUUUAAUGAAGUUGAGACAAAGGAUUUCUGCACGGUCAGGUACAGUUCAACAUCAAACAAAGGCCUUCUAUUUUGUAGCUUUGAAGUUUGC